ACUAUCUCACCAAACACUGGGUCACGUGAAGAAGAACCCCAUACCAAGUCUAGAAACCAAUUUUAUCAACCCAAAACAGUGAGUAUUAGCAUACUGGCCAAUUAUAGUCGAUCUUCACAGGAGUGACAAUUAAAUUGGCUAUUAAAGGUGGGACAUUUUCACCUCCAUGGUAUUUAUAUAUCUCAUGGAAUAUAAUAUGACAGGAAAGUGAUGGUUGUCAUAAAUACGCGCUGUUUGACAGUUGGCUUUAUCCGUCUGUUUUGGAGUGUAUAAUUUGUAACUAGUUGUAGCUAGAGGCGGGAUUACAGCUACACUCAGCUCGACUUUUAAGGAGGCGGGCAGGCUUGGAAAGCUUGGGGCGUUACAUAAUUUUUUAUACAAAGUGGGAUCGGGAAGGCUCUUAACGUUUAUCUGUUGCGCAGGACUUCAUUUAAACAAAGUGACCUACGUUUUAUGUAUUUUAAGGAGAAGACUACAUUAAACAGUACUGGGCCUAACACUGAUCCCUGCGGGACAACAGCCCUCACAGGUCUUGUCUUUUUAAUGGGAAUAAAAGUUUAGACUACACAGCUCCCAUGUCAUUCCUGCGGUGGGUCUCUGAAAAACUCAGCGUUGAGAGUCUGCGAGACUUGGAACUUUUUGGAGAUCAACUUCAGGGUGACUCUCAAAGAAAAAGUAAUGAAGCAAGCGCGGAGUCUCUAGCUUCUCCCUCAAAACGAGUAGUAAUGGGGAACUUUGUUCCAGACAGCAGUGCAUAUGAACUACUAGGAGUCAUAGGCAAAGGCUUAGAAGAUUUGAUGACUGUGAACUUGGCCAAGUACAGACCAUCAGGCGAGUAUGUUGCUGUCAGGAGAAUUAACCUGGAGGCCUGCACCAAUGAUAUGGUGACUUUCCUGCAGGAUGAAGUACACGUCUCUAAGCUCUUCAACCAUCCCAACAUUGUGCCAUAUAAAGCAGCUUUUACUGCAGACAGUGAGCUCUGGGUGGUUACUUCAUUCAUGGCUUAUGGUUCCGUGAAGGACUUACUCGGCACACAUUUUCUGGAUGGAAUGCCUGAGGCAGCCAUUGCCUACGUAAUGCAUGGGGUGUUAAAAGGCUUGGAUUACGUCCACCAUAUGGGUUAUGUGCACAGGAGUGUUAAAGCAAGCCACAUACUGAUUUCUGCAGAUGGACAGGUUUACUUGUCAGGUCUUCGUAGUAUUUUCAGUAUGAUCAGCCACGGACAGCGACUCAGAGUGGUCCAUGACUUUCCUAAGUACAGUGCCAAAGUGUUACCUUGGCUUAGUCCUGAAGUCUUACAACAGAACCUGAAAGGUUAUGAUGCCAAAUCGGAUAUCUAUAGUGUGGGAAUAACUGCCUGUGAAUUAGCUAAUGGCCACGUUCCAUUUAAGGAUAUGCCUGCUACCCAGAUGCUUCUGGAGAAGUUGAAUGGUACUGUUCCAUGUCUGCUUGACACAAGUACAAUCCCACCAGAAGAAUUAACAAUGAAAACAUCACGAUCUGGAGCAGACUCUGGAAUUGGUGAAAGCACGGCAGCCAGUUGUAUGCGAACAACUGAUGGAGAGAUGAGCCAUCAUCCAUAUAACCGAACAUUUUCACCCCAUUUCCAUAACUUUGUAGAGCUGUGUCUACAACGUGAUCCAGAAAACAGACCAUCGGCAUAUGCUCUUCUCAGCCAUUCCUUCUUCAAGCAGCUCAAAAGAAGAGUAUCUGAAGCUCUGCCUGAAUUACUGCGCCCUGCAGUUCAAACAAAAAACUUUGAAGGACCGUGGUCUGAAGAUUCAAGGGCAGGUGUAUCUAGAAUAGGAUCUGAUCUGGAAAGACUAGAUAUUAAUGACUGGGAAUUCUGAAUGGAUAUCAAACUUGUGAUUGGAUAGCAAGCACCCUGCAAUGUUCCAUAACUUGGUGGUUGCCAGAUAACUGUAACAUUUCAUUUUUCAUCAUCUCUCUUCAGCCUAUGUUCUUAACACUUCAUUUAAUAAUUGUUUACAUGAAUCAAGUAGCUCAGUGGGAAAGAACAUUCCACAAAGCUUUAUUUGGUGUGUUAGAGCUGGAGAUAUUGGAACCAAAAUAAGAUAUCUGGUUGUAUCUCUUCAAGCAAAGAUGUUUCUGAAAGAAAUAAUACAAGGUUGGAAGUACAACUUAGAAUGGUGCCACAUCUCCAUACUUAACUAAGGUGCUUAUUUUGUAGAUACUCAGUGCCUGAUACUGAAAAAGCAAUGUUUGUAGCUGCAGUAAGAUGUUUUAAGUUGUGCAGCUGUAAUACCAUAGAGUUAACAUUAUAACUAGUUUGUUCUAUGCAGUGUUUCAUAUUUAGUAAAUAUAUAAAUAUAAACCUUU